AUGCCAUCCGCAUUGACGCCCGAGCGAGCAGUGAAGGAAAUUGCUAACAUAUACAUCAAAAGCGACAAAGAAAAGGGGCUAAAGGCCCACAUUUUGCCUGUUAUUCAGAGCGCCGUUCGUGGAAAUCGGUGAGUCAAUAUUGUAUAUACUUAUAAUAAUAAAAAUGCUGAUGUUCUUCACAAGUAUUUUAAAUUUAUAUAUGUAUUGAAUUUAACACUUUUGCAGGUAUCGUACCACAGCAAAGUUAUUGACAGCAAGAUCACCCCCAAGACUGUCAGAUUGCCUUUCCUGCUAUAAAAAACUAUAAAUAUAAAUAAUUUCAGUUUUAUUCAACAGAAUAAUACGGAUUGUGAUAAAAGAGUUUGUGUCUUGUGAUAAUUGUUAAUUGAUAUUAGCCAUUUCCCAAUCGAGCAGAGGACUGGGUCUAGUGGCUUGUUUGGUUUGUUUGAAGUUUUCCUACAUUCCUAAAGUUAUUUAUUGCAGCCCUGAAACGCAACAAUUAUGAUAAGGCAUCUUUUAAUAUAAUAUUUAGCUCGCUCACUAUAACUUGUUGACAUGUUGUCCCUCCAAACGUCCCUUCAAACAUCAACUAGACUCAGUCCUCUGCCCGAUUGGGAAAUGGCUAAUUGUUGAUGUUGUUCUAAUUUUGGUUGUUAGUGGUUAGUCAUUGAAGAAAUUUAUAGACAGUUUCCAUGCUUAUUAAUUCUGAUAGUGGUGCGUACCGUAAUAUACACAUAGCCUCUACUUCAUAUACUCUUGAAGUUUGUAUAAAAAUGAAUAUAAUUCAAGAGGUAUAAGAUCGAAGUAAAGACCGUGUUUGCGCAAUGCUGCUGUAGUUAAUGCUUUGUACAAUACAUCUCGAUUGUAAUAUUUUAAGGUCUUGAGCUUUUUGGAUAUUUAUUUGAAAUGGUACUCUUCAUACUGACUGGUCCGGUGAUAUUUUGCGGCGAUUAUAAAAAUCGAAAAUAUUUCCGAAUGUGGCGUAAUUAGUCGGUGUCCACUUGGCGUAACCUCCGGCGUAAAAUAUUGACGGAUUCCAUACUGGGUAAGGAAGGUUGGGACCUGCUUAAAGAAGACUGGCAAAUUAUUAUUUUUCAGUUGAACUGAUGGCUGAGUCUAUGCGCCAGGCAUUAAUACCGUAAACCUCCGACUAUAAGCCCUGGGCUUACAUACUUUCGUAAGUAUGUCGACUGUCAAACCUCCCUUCCAGACCAAUUGCUACAAACCCUAACGAAAUAGCUGACUUCUUCAAUACCUACUUCGCCUCCGUAUUUACAUCCGAAAACCUCCCUGUUCUGAACAUCCUAACAGGACAGAUCCAGUUUUAACUGAACUCAAAGUAACUGAGUUAGAGGUAGAAACUUUACUUAACUCCCUUGAUACUAACAAAGCAACCGGAUCGGACGAAAUCCCAGCGAGACUUCUAAAAGAAACCGCCUCAAUAAUCACUCCCUCCAUCUGCAAACUAUUCAACAAAUCAUUGCAACAAGGAACGGUGCCACAAGAUUGGAAACUAGCGAACGUUGUUCCCGUUUAUAAGAAAGGUGACAAAGAAUAUACAGAGAAUUACAGGCCAAUUUCUCUCCUGCCAAUUAUUUCGAAAGUUCUAGAACGGUACAUUUUCAUGAACAUUCGACAACACUUUUCUGGGAUAAUUUAUGAUCACCAGCACGGAUUCCUCCAAGGAAAAUCUUGUGUGACUAAUUUGUUAGAAGCAUUAGAUUACAUCGGCGCAGCAAAUUUCGAAACCGUCGACGGUCGAGCACAUCAUUGA